GCUGCGGGCCCGUCGCGGGGAGGCGGGGAGCGGCUGGCGCGGGCGGCUUCUGAGACGGGCGCGGGAGGAGCGCCCCAGCUCGCCUCCGACGGCCCUUGCCCGCGCUCGCAGCCGGAGCCCUCCGCCCGGCCCCCGCCCGCGAGAUGAGCGCGCCGGAGAAAGGCUUCUCGCUGGACCUCGGCGGCGGCGGCGGCGGCGGCGGCUUCACCGAGGACGCGCCCAGGCCCCCGGUCCCCGGGGAAGAGGGCGACCUCCUUUCCGCGGACCCGCGGCCCGCCGGCCACGGCUUUUCGGCCGGAAAGGGCGACGGAGGCAAAGGCGAGACGACCACCGCCACCCCGCGGCGUCCGGACCUGGAUCUGGGCUACGAGCCGGAGGGCAGCGCUUCCCCGACGCCGCCUUACCUGCGAUGGGCGGAGUCCCUGCACUCCCUGCUGGACGACCAGGACGGCAUCCACCUUUUCCGGACCUUCCUGAAGCACGAGAGCUGCGCGGAUUUGCUGGACUUCUGGUUCGCCUGCAGCGGCUUCAGGAAGCUGGCGCCCUGCGACUCCAAGGAGGAGAAGAGGCUGAAGCUGGCCAAAGCCAUUUACAAGAAAUACAUUCUGGACAAUAACGGGAUCGUGUCCCAGCAGGUGAAGCCGGCCACCAAAAGCUUCAUCAAAGACUCUGUUCUGAAGCAACUGAUUGACCCGGCCAUGUUUGACCAGGCCCAGAUGGAAAUCCAGUCCAUGAUUGAGGAGAACACCUACCCCUUGUUCCUGAAGUCGGAUAUUUAUUUGGAGUACACGAGGACAGGUGGGGAGAGCCCAAAAGUACACAGUGAUCAGAGUUCAGGCUCCGGGACAGGGAAAGGCCUGCCUGGGUACCUGCCCACCUUGAACGAGGAUGAGGAGUGGAAAUGUGACCAAGACAUCCUGGAAGGAGAGGAGGGGCAGGUGGCAGCCGAUCCAGAGUCUGCCUCCUCUAGCAGAUUCACCCAGAAGCUCCUCCUGGAGACAACCAGCCAGCCGGCCCCCAGGACCAGGCAUUACAGCGAGGGGAGGGAGUUCAGGCCUGGGCCUUGGAGGGAGACAGGGCAUCCGUAUUAUGUCAACACCGGCUAUGCCCUGGCACCAGCCACCAGCGCCAACGACAGUGAGCAGCACAGCAUGUCCAGCGAUGCUGACACCAUGUCACUGACUGAUAGCAGCCUAGACGGGGUUCCCCCUUACCGGCUGCGGAAGCAGCAUCGUAGAGAGAUGCAAGAAAGCGCCAAAGCAAAUGGACGUGUGCCACUACCUCACAUUCCGCGAACUUACCGAGUGCCAAAGGACAUCCACGUUGAACCCCAGAAAUUUGCUGCCGAACUGAUUAACCGCCUGAAGGAAGUGCUGAGGGACCGGGAAGCGGAGGCCAAGCUGGAGGAGCGCCUGAAACGUGUCCGAGCCGUGAGUGAGGAGGAAGAAGGGGAAGACGCAGACCUCGCGCUGGGCCCGGCCCUCGUGAGCCACAAACUGGUCCCCACGCAGCUCUUGCCCCACUUUGCCCCCCGCUAUGCUGAGCUGCAGGUGCAUGAUGCCCACGAAGAGAACCCCGAGAGCAUUCUGGACGAGCACGUCCAGCGGGUGAUGAAAACCCCCGGCUGCCAGUCCCCCAAGCCCCGAUCUCCGGACAGCGGCCUUGUUGGCAAGCUGCACAGCCUGGCGGGCUCCGUCCCACUGGGCCACAGCAAGCAUGCCAGCAAGUCUGGGCUGAAGCUGGAGGCCCCCAGCCUUUUCCACCACAAGCACGUCUAUCACCACAUGGUCCAUCACCAUGCCGGACUGAAAGCCAAGGAAACAGCGGAGGAGGCGGCCAGCCAGCGCACGCAGGGCCCUUUCGCCUGGACUGUCGACCCCCACGGCUGCACCGCCAAGUCCCGGGCCUACGGGGAAAGCAUGGGCCUGGCCACGGGCCCUCUGGACGCCAUGGCCUACAGUGGGAAAGCUGGCUUGCUGGCCAAGCGGGGUGCCAAGAAGCCGGACGCUGGGAAGAAUGAAAGCGGCAGCUACGACGUGCCCGGCUCUCCAGAAGACCUGGAAAGGAACCAGAAGAUCCUGCAGUGGAUCAUAGAAGGCGAAAAGGAGAUCAGCCGGCACCGGAAGACGACCCACAGCUCGUCGGGUACAAAGAAGCAACUGGCGCACGAGCCGCCCCGCCCGGUCCCCAUCGAUCGCCCUGUGGCUGUGCACCCCUGGAUCUCAUUCCGGAAUGUUGUGCAGCCAUCCCACCCCUUCAUCCAGGACCCAACCAUGCCCCCCAACCCUGCUCCCAACCCUCUGACACAGCUGGAGGAAGCCCGGCGGCGACUGGAGGAGGAGGAGAAGAGAACUGGCAAGCCAGCUGCCAAGCAGAGAGUGAAGGCACCCAAGCGAUUGGGCAGCGGUUUCUCCCAGCCCUGUGAGAAUAUCGUGGUGGCGUAUUACUUCUGCGGAGAGCCGAUCCCCUACCGGACCCUUGUCAAAGGCCGGGUGGUCACGCUGGGCCAAUUCAAGGAACUGCUGACCAAGAAAGGGAAUUACAGGUAUUACUUCAAGAAAGUCAGUGACGAGUUUGACUGUGGAGUUGUGUUUGAAGAAGUUCACGAGGAGGAUGCGGUCCUGCCUAUCUUUGAAGAGAAGAUAAUUGGGAAGGUAGAGAAGAUUGACUAAGCAGAGGGAGCCAGAAGGCCUGGCAGCCACAGCCCUCCUCUCCCUCGCUCUUUGCCUUCUCUGGGGAAGCCACCUCCACAGUCUAUAGGAUCUUCAGCUUGCUGCGUUAGAACAUUACUCAGCUGUUGACAAAAGCUGCACCAAAGGCUGUCUUUGAGAUGAUCCCGGGUUUGCAAUAUUACGGCCGUGCCACCUCCACCAUGGGACGGUGGGCCAAGCCAGAAGCUGGAGACCCUUGUGGGAGGCAGACUGAACAAGGUGCUGGUUUGCAUUCUGAAUAGCCUUGGAAUGAGGGCUACUUGAUAAGAGUCGCACCUUGUCCCGCCUGGCGUGUCCCCCCGAGAGGUCUUCCUGUUCAGACGCUGCCCUCCGAGGGGCAGAGGACCACCCCAUCCAUGCCUUGCUACCUCUCUCUCAUUUCCCUGCCAUUCAACAGCUGGAGGGGGAGGGGGGCUUAGGGCAGGAGUCUCUUCUGCUUGCUGAACUGCUGUCAGUCUUCCUCUUUCGCUGACCUCCCCCAGGCUACACACACACACACACACACACACACACCCCACCUGGGCUCCACGUAUCCACGGCAGAGGAGGUGGAACAGCCCCGGCUGCCCCCACCAGCACCCACCCCUUGCGAAUGUCACCGAGUGCCUUCCAACCUCAUGCUCCCUCCCUCCCUCCCUCCCUCCCUCGCCUGGGAUUGUGCUCCACGUCGGAUGGACGUUUUCAAGUGGCCGGCUGGGGCCGGAUCUUCGUUUCCCCUUUUUCUGAAGGGUUCAGUUGUACAUAUGUACAUUUUCUAAACCAGGCUCAGGCCGCAGUGGCUGAGCAGACGGCUGGCAAUUCUGGAACUUUUUUUUUCCACAUGUUGACUUGUACAAUUGAUCUUUUUACAGGUGCAACAAUGGAAUAAAGGCCCACGUUCCAAUGGCU